CGCUUGUGAACAAUAUGUUUUUAUUAGCUAUACAGGAUUAUUGAUGCUAUAGAUUGAACGAACAAUUUUCAGAAAUGUCAGGAAUGCACACUCUACUUGCCACUGCGUGCCUGGUCGCGUGUCUCGCGCUCACAUGUCAUGGGGCGUCCUUCGGCUACAAGUACUGCCUGUACGAGUGUUCCACGUGCGUACAGCUCUGGGGAGACGAACUCUACGACGGGCAGCGCUGCGCUACUUGCUGUCGUCAUAGCGACGGGGUCAAGGUCGACUCGCAGUGCAAGGUGUGGACACGGAACCAGAUGCACUACGACAAGAAGGAUCUCGAUUACGUGCGAGGGAUCCUGGCGCAGAAACGCACCGCAUAUAGCGAUACUCUCAACUACAAGUACAUAUUUGGCGAGGUGACGCCGGACUACUGUUUUGGCAAAAGAUGAUAUUACUGAGUUUUAUAAAUAAUUUUUGAUUUCUUAUUGUUCGUUAUUAAAGGUCAGUGAGAUAAGUGUGAAUGUUAAAAAAGAUAUUCUAAUGGUACAGUAUUGGAUAUGCUUACAAAAUCAAUUUUACAAAUCAAGUUAUGUAUUUAUAUCAAUACAAAAACACAUCGUCAGCUACAUCAUUAUGCUAUAUAAAUUUCUAGACAGAAUUGGUUUAACAAGUCUCAAAUGUAAGUAUGCUGUUCAUUGUAUGCAAUAAUCGUCGAUGUUCAACACCACACAAUUACAAAGAAAGCAGCCUUCAGAGAGGAGGGUGUAAUAAAUAAUAAUUUUAUGAAAAUGUCUUGAGUAUAGACACCAUGCUCCUAUAUUGUCA